CGACGCAGUGGAUUGUUUACAUUUGACUUUGAGUGUAGUUUUGUACUCCAAAUACUCUGAAUGUGGCGUCUCUCUGGCAUUAUCAAUGUUUUUCUUUGGUUUUUAUAUUUUGUUCUUGGCCACCUUACACCUUCGGAGUGUCGUCCGCGAGUGCGCAUCACAAAAACCAGAUUUGAUUUUGAUGCAAGAAUAAGCAACGGGACAACCUGGCUCACUGAUGAUCGAACUGUCAAUGUCGUAUUCGAUUUGAAAGAGGAACUGAAAACAAUGAGGUCAAGGUUUAAAGUGGACUUGAUUCAUAAGCAACGCACGUUUAACGCUUUUAAUAUAACCCGAGACUACUGUGCCCAAAUAUCAAUCAUGAGUAAAAUUUGGACCGUCUUCCGACAAGCCUUCCUUCAAACUACGAACUUUCCCUCAUCAUGCCCUAUUCCCAAAAACACAUACUAUGUUCGUAAUUUGUCUUUCCCGGAGCAGUAUCUACCUAACUACAUGCCAGCGCUAAACUUUAUUGUGGAAACCACGUUUCUACAUCGAAUGUAUUUCAACCAGGAGGAAGUGCUAUUAAAGUACGUUGCGCAUGGAAGGUUGAUUCCGUAAAGAUGUUAUAGGAACCUCACAAUUUAUCGGUUUACAAACUGGGUGAACAUAUAAACUGUUUACUGUAACAAUAUAGUUUCAAUCAGCUUGUUUUCAACCACAUUCCACCAGUAAACAAUAUCAACUUUCGUCUAAAUAUGAAUGCCAGGAUAUUAUUAUGUCCAUUUUGCACAAUACCUUAAAAAGAAUUAUAAUUAAAAAUAAAUAAACCAAUAAAUAAAUAUAUAAAAUAUAA